AUGACUUCUUCUCCGCAUGCGUCGCAGUAUGCUGUACCACCAGACGGCCAGGACCCGCAUAAUUACACGCCCUUGUAUCCCAACGGGCAGGUUCUGGACGGCCAGGCACCACCGCGCAUCGCUUACCCGCAAGAAGCCGCCUACCCGAAGCUCGAGAAUAUCAACGAGGUGCUCCAGGCGCAACAGGCUCUCCAAGCGAAUCAUGUCUUGAACCCUCCGCUGCCCCAACAAUCAAAGCCGAACCGCCUGCGCAAAGCCUGCGAUUCAUGCAGCAUUCGCAAGGUCAAGUGCGAUGAAUCGGGGCCGCCGUGUAGAGCUUGCCUAGCUCUAGAAAUCCCGUGUACUUUUGAGCGCCCGAGCCGACGACGCGGUCCGCCUAACAGACAUGCCGAAGCGAUCAAGAAGCGAAGGAUUGGCGAUGUAGACUCUGGCUCGUCGAAUCCGCAGUCUCCCACCAAUGCCGCCCAUGCGCUGGCCCAGCUGCAGUCGUCGCAUCCGACCCAGCUCUCUGCCGAAGAGAUAUGCGCCCUCCCCACACUCAACGCCCUCAUCGACGAUUUCUUUACAUACAUACACCCACUAUGUCCCUUUCCUCACGAGCCGUCGUUUCGCGAAGCGUGGGGCCAGAGGGAGGACUUGUCGAAUCCCUCGUUCCUGGCGCUGCUGGCGUCCAUGAUCGCGGUCCUGGUCGCUUCCUUCCCUCGAAAACCACGCCUACACCUCAAUACACAGACGCGACGCGAAUACCCAAAUCAUCUCUCCUUGGUCGACAAGUGUAGAGAUGUGUGUGCGCGGGCGCGCGGGCCGGGCUAUCUUGAUCGGCCGUCUUUGAAUGUAUACGACGCGUGUACCAGCUACUUCCUGGGCUUGACUGGAGCCUACGUAUUCCAGUGGCGGCAACUACGACUUUACUUGGCCGAGUGCCUAACUAUCAUACGGUCAUUGGGUCUCCAUAAACACGAGGCUCAGGGUUAUACCUAUCUUGGUGGUAUGCCGCAUGCGUGGGGCUCGAAUGGACCCAACUACGAUGGCUCGAGAGAGUUCAAAGUAGACUAUAUCACCGAGGAGAUUGGCCGACGUGUGUUCUGGACAGUGUUUGUGGGCGUGCGAACCAUACAACAACUAGGCGCUUCGUUCGGAGAGUUGAUGAUUCCGCCCGCGACACCUACCGAGCCUCUCCCACCACUGCCCCGCGAAGUAGACGACGUGCACAUCUUCCCAAACGAGAUUCAACCACAGCGCGAAGGAGUCGUCUCCAUGAUCACUGGUUUCAACGUCAACGUGCGCAUCUACCUCUCCUACUCAUCACUAGCAACGGCGGAGAUGGCAUUCGGCAUAGACGAGAUAUUCGACUGGGACCGACAACAACAGAUUUUCGCACAGAGUUUGCAGCGCUGCCGGCAGAUUCUAGAGAGCCUCCCUGAAGUCCUCAAAGUGCAACCAAAAUCCAGCAAAGACAGCGGUCUCGAACAACAAAAACCCUACUACCCACCCAUGCCAGAGUAUUCCGGAAUGCGAGAUCCUACCUUGGACAGUUACCAAAAGACAGAUAGCCACGACAUGCGACGCUACGAAAUUCAGAAAGCAAAUAUAUACGCCAGCCAUCUGUCUACUCGCUCACACCUCGUGGAAAAGUACUUUCUCCAACUAGACAAGUACCAGAGAUCGGUGGGCCAGGCUCCUGCACAACCCAGCACCAACGCUCUCGCGGCAGGAAUCGACAGGUUUGUAUCCGGAACCACCCCCGACGCGGAAGUCCUCCAAAAAGCAAUGUCAGAAGAACGCGAACAAGUGGUCAAAGACCUUCUGGUAGUACUGGGCAGCAUCGACAUGGUCAACAUGGAGCCAAACGGCGACUCGUUUGUAAGUCUAUACGUUUACUUGCAGAAUUCAGAUUUCCUGUAUCAACCUUCAGACGACAAUGAGUUUGUUCUCUCCAUGUCAACCCACGACUUCUUUCGUAAAAAUACAAUCAGUCCGAUCGCAAGCUUACGGUUCUUCCCUGCGCAGACUCAGAAGAUACGCAGUAUUGCCAGUACCCUCUUGGAAGUCCCCAAAGAGCGGCGUGGCAGUGUUGCACUACAGCACCAAGACUACCUUUACAAGUUCCUCGAUAUAUUGAGUAAAUUGGAGAGGGUGAGUCCGGAGGGGAGUGAGCCGAAUGGUGGAGGUGCAUUGGACGAAGAGAGUGAGUUGAGACUAUGGGCGGACUUGAGGGACCAUCAGUUGAGGUUUCAGGAACAAGGGGGCGUUUAUGGGUUUUCGUAA